CUAGGACACUGCAUCUGAACCACAUUCCAUCAGUUGUGAUUAUCUCGCAUCAUGGAGCGCAGAAGGACCAACGAUCGGCGAUGACCGAACAGAGCCUAGUAUGCAUGAAUAGUCUCAGAGCUACAAGCUCGGCGACUUUUUAUUUACAAGGCGAUGACUUUGUUUAUCAAUCACGAUAGGAAGACGCAGGCAAUCGGAGCUACGUGAAUAUAGCUGCUGGAAGCUAAGGUGUGAAUCACCAUGCCACAAAAAAAAAAUGAUACGAAGAUGUGUGGAUGCGUGCUCGCCUAAAUCAUCUAUGGGAGGAUACUGAAAUCUGGAUACAGAUAUCGUUAACGAGGCCGCGUCAUGUAAUGGACCUGACUCUGAGGAAACCUUAUUUCCUGAUGCUUGCCCCACUAUUGGAUCUAGAUCCCAAUACACAAUGCUUCAUGGACGUUUACGGUAUGUACAUGCACUCGUGUUUGUCAUCGUAGCCCCUCGUUCUUGAUAUGAUGUUGUUGUAUCAUCGAUCUUCCACGGCGGUUCGGACGGACUUAUUAUCAGAGAAAUAAUGUUCAUUCGGUUUCCAACUUGCGAAUGUGAAUGCGGUCUGUUAUGAACUCCGCUAUUCUGGACAAGUCGUAAUCACUAUAAGACGCAGUUCAAGUCAAAUGCUGUCGCCACCACCUAUCGUAACCCUCAAUCACUCAUCAUGAGCAACACCACUGCGGCAGAUGCCUUUCCUCCUCCUCCCCCUCCAGGUUUGAACUACAUUGCUGUCGUUCAAUCGUCAUUGAAUGCUUUGAUGAUUGGGACGGUCUGGUCGGCGAUGCUAGUUCCUCUACUCCUCACGCUUUUCGUAUUCUCCACCCGUGAACUUCGCCGGAAGCCGAUCUUUCUCCUCAGUGUAUGCGCCAUCCUGCUCGGUUUGGGAGAGGGCAGUCUAAAUUGUUACAUGAUGGUUCAAUUGAUGUUGAGACCGCUUGAACCCAUGUCACCGGCCUUCGUCAUGGCUUUCGGUGCUUUGGAGAUCAUGAUUCCCAUUCUCGUCGAAUCCAUCCUAGUUGUUCGACUUCUCGCGGUUUAUCCUCCUGCGAGAUCAUCCUGGGCUCGCAUCUUCAUUGUUUUUGGACCUUUGGUCCUCAUCAAGAUUGGCCGUCUCGUCAACGUCUCUGUCGGUCUUGCCCAGAUGUGGGCGAUUGUACGAAGCAUUGACAACCCGUUGGAAGCGGGUCAGGCCCAGUGGCGGCGGCAUCCAGCGAUGCAAAUAGAGUGGAUCUUUCAGAUUGUCGAUAAUAUGUACUCCUCUGCUCUAUUCCUCUGGCGUUUGCGAUACGGCAGCAAAUUAGCAAAGGAAAGUAAUGUGAAUCGGACAUCAUCGCACCUCUCCAAGUUGCGCACAUUGUUCUGGAUCUCUGUAUCCAACUUCGUUUUCCCAGUGUUCCUCAGCCUUGCUCAAGUAAUUUUCGCAAACGUGGACAACGACUAUUCACUGGCGGCAUACGUUUUCAUGACCAACAACUACGUGGAGAUCAUCGGUGUCCUGCUAGCUACUGUUUGGACGGCUGGAAGUAACUGGACAGAGCACAAAACCCAGCACAACAGUUCCAGUGCGAUCUCAACUAUGCUCUUCCGAAGAAAGAAACCGAGAAAAGACAUAAGCACCCUCGGAUCAGUAACGGUCACCAAGACCGAAUUUACGCUUGGUGACAAUGAGUCCACGACCAGUCACAUCCAGCUGCAUGAAUUUGGGGGUUCUGUGACAGAUAUGAAGAAGCCGACGCCUGCCAUUAACAUCUAGCCGCGUGUAGCUGGGAAUACGAUGUACAGUAUGUAUUAACUGAGCCUUUACUGUGACUUCUGCUUCAUUCCUUACGUCGUCAGUAUCUUCGAAAUCUAACCCAUCUCAUUCAAGAGUUAUCGGAGCCAUUCAUGUAGAUGGCCUGUAUGAUAUCAGUUUUACGACCGUGGAGCAUGUACAAGCAAAACCGAAAAUCUUUCUGCUCGUUUGCUUCCAUGCCCACCUUACAGUAACUUACUUAACACACAUGAGGUCC